UGUCGGUAGCCAUAUUGGCGAGGUACAAGCUCAGAGCUACUGCCGUCAUACCCUUGAGAAAACGGGUCUGGAAAAAUCGGAAAAAAUCCAAAAAAUGUGUCGUGAUUCCUAAAAAUUAUAAAGUGACAUAGAUCUGAAAGACAAAGAGUUAUAAUGGCGCCACGUGCAAGUUUUCUCUUCAAGAGAGAAGUGGCACCAUCGCCCAUCAAAACGACAUCGGAAGAGCCGCCGAAGUUAGAGGAGAAGAUCAUGGAAUCGACGACCACCUUGGCUCCAGUACCAUCCGAAGGUCCUCAUAUUUUUAAUAAUCGAUCAUAUCACCACUUAAACCGUGGUCGUCCAACUCCAUUUCCGGUAGAGCCAGAAACCAAAUCCACGAAUUCGACAGCAAAAGAAAAUGUUUUCCAAGAAGCCAUGGACAAAUUGCAGAAGGAAACUAACAUGGACGAGUGGGUGCUGGUUACAAUCUUGAUCGCUGUGUGCGCUGUCAUCCUCGGAAUAUGUUUUUGCUGCAUAAGAAGAUGCUUCAGAAAAAGGAGAUCAAAGGACAAAAAGGGAAUGAAGGGGGCGGACCUCAAAUCGAUAAAUUUGCUUGGAUCCUCCUACAAGGAGCAAGUCCAACCGGAUAUGGAUGAAUUGACAGCUAACGCUGAAGAGCCCGAUGAAGGUGAAAAGCCUGAGGUUCAGAAACUCGGAAAAUUGCAAUUUAAGCUGGAAUACGAUUUCAAUCAAAACAGUCUAUCCGUGACCGUAAUUCAAGCAGAAGAUCUACCGGCGCUGGACAUGGGCGGCACAUCUGAUCCAUACGUGAAAGUGUAUCUUUUACCUGACAAGAAGAAAAAGUUCGAAACCAAAGUGCACAGGAAGACAUUGAACCCCGUAUUUAACGAGACGUUUGUAUUUAAGAAUAUUCCAUACGCCGAAGCCAUGAACAAGACCCUGGUGUUCGCCAUAUUCGAUUUUGAUCGUUUCUCCAAGCACGACCAAAUCGGUGAGGUCAAGGUACCACUGUGUCAAAUUGAUCUGGCCCAAACCAUCGAGGAAUGGCGCGAACUACAGAGUGUUGAAGGAGAGGGAGGCCAGGAUAAUAAGUUGGGAGAUAUAUGCUUUUCUUUGCGAUACGUGCCCACCGCUGGAAAAUUGACCGUUGUUAUUCUGGAAGCUAAGAACCUGAAGAAAAUGGACGUGGGAGGCUUAUCUGAUCCUUACGUCAAAAUUGCUCUGAUGCAAAAUGGAAAAAGACUCAAAAAGAAGAAGACCAGCAUUAAAAAGUGCACGCUAAAUCCAUACUAUAACGAGUCGUUCACAUUCGAAGUACCCUUUGAACAAAUACAGAAAGUAAACUUGGUGGUUACGGUGGUGGACUAUGACAGAAUUGGCACAUCGGAACCAAUCGGAAAGGUGGUACUGGGUUAUAAUGCAAGCGGAACGGAGCUACGUCAUUGGUCGGACAUGUUGGCCUCACCACGCCGACCCAUAGCCCAAUGGCAUACGCUAAAGGAUCCCGAAGACGAGAAGAAAGAUUAAAUGUCCAGUUAAUAAGCCUAGAAAAUGGUCUCAAUGUGUUAAAUAAGUGUGCCCCUAAAAAUCAGCAUACCUACCCAAAAAGCGAUGUUACUCCAUAUACCACAUGUAACUAUGUCUAAAAAAUACUAUAAGAAGAGCUACUUCUAUUACGUGUAGAGCUAUAAAUUUUUCAAAAUUUAUUUCAGACAAGUCUUUAAAAUCCUUUUAUUAAAACUUUUAUAGGCUUUAGUUAGCAACAAACCGCCUGUGGUAGUUAAUUCAUAAUUUAAUUCAAGUGGUAAAUUUUAGAUAUCUUAACUUAAAUAGACCAAAUAAUAUAACUUAUCAUAUUUGGUAAUGUCUGACAACUACGAAUCUUCGUGCUUCUAAAAAAUAUAUAAAAUGCAAAAAUAAUCCUAUCAAAAUGUAUAUUUAAAUUAAGAUAUAUAUAAUAAAAAAUACAAUUGGAUAAGGCGAAUAUUAUAGAACUUAGUUGGCCAAAUCUAUAUAUUUGAAAAGCAGUUGAAGUAGAUAUGUAUAUGCAUUUGGCCACAAAUAUAGAAUUUAUAUCUAAUGAAACUGAAACUAGUAAGUUUUCAAGACAAUAGGACUAUUUUAGAUUAGCUUAAAAGUGUUUGAUUAAAGUAUAGGUAGAGAAAGCAAAAGUGCACAAGUAAAAAACACGAAAAAAUAUUAUUUUGUAAAGAUUUCAUAAUAGGAAUAACGUAAAUAGUAUUUUUUCAAAUAUAUUUAAAAUGUGUCAUCAAUAAAUUUAAAGUUUUUAACGCUGUAUAGAAACAUAUAAACGUUGGUAUGCCACUUUGCAAUCCAAUGGGACCAUCUAUUAUAAAAUCAAUGUAGUCUAGCUCCUAAAGGAGAAAAGACAACAAAAAUGUAUAGCUUAUAACAUCCAAUUAAUAUACAGGGUGUCAAAACAAUAGCGUAUCUAACUUUGGUGGCUGAUUCUACAGAUAAAAAUAAGACAAAAAGUCCCUAUGAACAUAUGCCCUAAAAUGCUUCUCGAGGAAGUUA